CAAAGAUGGCGAGCGAGUGGAACACUGGUGCGGCCGCAGCUCGCCUCUCAUAGUUGCGCUAUGUGUGGCUGAAGCUCGAAUUACCGUGUUUUGACUGUCGGCUCCGCUUAUUUCACAUUAAUGGUCACCUAAGUAUGGCGAUCAGAAGGGCUGUGAUAUUUAUACUGGCUGCUGCACUGGCGCCUCUCAGUACGGGAGCUCAGAUUCCAGACACGAGAGCAGCAAAAUGGAACUCUGAUCAGGACGUACGAAUAGAGUGCAAUAGCAAUGAGAUCCUUGUGGCAAUACGAACAAGGACUGGUGCAUUCAAUGGUAUGGUGUACCCUCGGGGGCUGUCGAAGAAUUCCAGUUGCAUGGCUGAAUUUCUCCAACAGCCAUCACCUGUCCGUUACAAACUGCCACUUCGCUCUUGCAACACGAUGAGUACUGAACUUGGUGAUGGUGGUAUUGAAUACUUCAAUACUAUUGUUAUACAACCACAUUUGAAACUGGUGACUAAUCAAGGUCGAGGAUUUCACAUUCGAUGUCGCUAUCAAACGAAGGAUAAACUUAUCUCCAAUAAUAUGAAUGUGAGCAUGGUUGAUGCAACUCCACUGAAAGCAGUGGCACCUAUGCCAGGCUGCACAAUGAAAAUAUUUUAUGGCGAUCCAGCCUUGAAAGAAGUUGCAGAAAAUGUCAAGAUUGGAGACCCUUUAACUCUUGUAAUUUCAAUAGAUGAACAAAAUACUUAUGGUUUACGGGUAUCAGAUUGUCUUGUACGAGAUGGUCUUGGAUGGGGAGAGCAGAAACUCAUAAAUUCAGAUGGGUGCCCAGUAGAUGGCGAAAUUAUGGGAGAGUUUGAAUACAAUGGAAGCAAAACUACUGCAUCUGUACAUUUCCAAGCCCACAAGUUUCCAUACACAGCAUCAGUGUACUACCAAUGCAAUGUUCAACUUUGCAUAAAAGCUGGUGGUGGCUGCAAUGAUCUGCCACCACUUUGUGGGCGUAGAGGCUCCCGCAGGCGCCGUGCAGCCAAGCCAAAGGAUGCAGAGACUGGUACUCCAGCUACCAUUGAAGUAUACAGUGGUCUUUAUGUUAAUGAAGCCACUGAUAUAAGCAAAAUGGACAGUUUUGAUGAUGUGUCAAGAGAAAAGCAGGAAGAAGACCCAAACAGCAUAUGUAUUUCUCAAAAGCAUUUUGCCAUUGGAAUAGCAGUUGCAGGCCUUAUUUUGAUGCUUGCAGUAAUUGCUGCUAUCCUUAUAUUGCUUGCACGGCGGCGUCACAGGAAAGAUGUUUCUGCCACAGGAAGUUCCAUAUAUAGUGGCCCUUACACUAAUACUGCAUAUAGCCACAGCAGUUGAGCUGUAAAAUAGGGACUUUCAUCAAAAUAUAUAUUUUAUAUGUCUUGGUGAUAACAGUGAGUGCUGAUGAAAACCGAGACUGCUAAUGCCAAGACAUAUUUAUCACUGCAGGAGAUUGGAAUUUUACUAUAAAUUCUUGUUAUUGCCACAGCUAUCAACAUCAUGUGCAUGUUGAAUCACGAUAGAUGUAGUCACUUUUAGAGUGUGAUGGACAAACUGUGCUUUCUUCUAGGAUGACAGUGAUGGUGUGUGUGUGUGUGUGUGUGUGUGUGUGUGUGUGUGUGUGUGUGUGUGUGUGUGUGUGUGUGUGCGCGUGUAAGAGAGAGAUUUUUUAGAUAAUUUCCUUUAACAAAUGUUACUUGUUUCUGCUUUUAUAGUUAUUGGUAGCUGGAAAUUCACACUGAAAACAGUAUGGACGUCAAAAUUCUUCUAAUAUUAUCAUAUUUUCUCUUCCUAUGGCUAGUAACAAAAAUUUGUAGUAAAAGAGCUAUAACACUGGAGGGAAAGUGUACUGUUGGCAAACUUACUCUCAUAAAGUUCUCUGGAUCAUGUGAACAGGGACAUUGGCAAAUCCUGUGUCAAAUGUUUGCAGGCAGAUAUCCCACAAUCUUCUGGCACUGAUACUGUAAAUGUGAUUCCAUUAUCAGAAUUUUUGUAUCAAGCUAUAAUAUCUGUUGUUGUUGUUCACAAAUCCAUUUAUUAAAAGCUGUUUUUUAUGAUUAUCCAUUGUCGACUAACACUUUUCUGUAGUGUUAUGGAACUAUGCACCUAUUUAAGCACAGCACAAAAACAUGAAUAGGUCACAAUCACAUUGUUUCAUCUUAAAUUUGAUUCAUAACAUAAAAGUGAGACUUGUUGCAUUUAUUUAAGAUUACUGUGAAAGUAACAAUCAAAGAACAAUAUUUUGGCUCAUUGUUUGUUGCGUCCCACUCCAUCCCCCAUUUCAAGUGACAAAGGUCUGAAGACAGAAAUAGACCUAUGUUUUGUAACAGAAGUAGGUCAAAAGAAAUUAUUGAUAUAAAUAUUUACCUUGAUUUAAAAUCAAUUUCUGUGCAUAAGUCAUUUUUGUGCAUAGAGGACAAAGGUUACUAUUCAAAAUUAGAGUCAUAUUAUUUAUUUAUACAGGAAUCUCCCACAGUCUGAACGUAGACAAGUUGAAAUCUUUCUUGUCAUGUCAUACAUCUAACAUCUACAUUGCAGUUCACUGAACACAAUCUCAGAUAUUAUUGUGCAGCACAGUGUCAUAAACUCUAUUUUUAAUUUAAAAAUGAGACUUGGAGAAUAACAUCAAGAAAUGUUACAAAACAUUAAAAUAAUGAUGUGACAUAAUGUGUGUGUGUGUGUGUGUGUGUGUGUGUGCGUGCGUGCGUGCGUGUGUACACGCGCAUGCGCACACUUUAAACAAAAGAAAGAGAGAGAAAUGUGUUUUGAUAGAAGCAUUUUUCUGAUUGUGUACAGGAUUUUACAGUUAGCUUGGAGAUACAGACAUGCAGAGGGUUAGCAAAGCCAAUAUAAAAAUGGUAAUUGUUUUCAUAUGAUUAUCAUAAAUAACAGGGCACAAUAAAUCUGCAAGUAAUGACAUAAUCUUAAAGAGAUUGGCAAACCUUAUUUAGUUAUACAUUCAUAUCUAAGAAAGAAUGUAAUGAAACUGCUGUAACAUUCGUUAAAAAUAAGAAUUUUGCAGAUGACACUAUUGUUAUGCAACACAAUACUAGAUAUUCCAUUUACCUUCCCUAGAUUUUUGUGCAGAUUCUUUUCCUGAGAUACAAUGAACAAUCAAAAUCAACAUCCCCCCCCCCACUUUAUUACUUUUUAAAUAGUGUAUGUGCUUUGCUACACCACUGUGUUUAAAUGGAACUGCCUGGUAAAUUGACACAGUAAUUGUCUUUAUGGUGAAGGGAUUAGCAGUUAAAUGCUACUGUCAAGUGAAAGUUGGGUGCAUUUAUACUUUUGUAAAUGAACCAAUUUCGGUUUAUUUUCAUGAUAUGGCAUUGGUUCACAGUUUCAUUGUGAGCUAAAGAAUCCGAAUGACUUGAUAAAAUAGCAGACUAAUGCUGUCAUAAUGUUGUGCAAGUCCAUUACUUUAUACAGUGUGGACUAAAAGGCAUAUUUUCACUGCCAGUAUUUAAACAUAUGACUGCCAUUUGUAUUUUAGUUAUACUAAUUCUAAAAUGAAAUUCUGGACCUCUGCCACUCUAAAUUGAAAACUUCUGUACAUAGAUACUAUGCAUAUAAUACAUUUACUCAUUGAAGUAAUAGUUCUCAUUACUAGAAUGUGAGAAAUGACAGAAAAGCUCGACAGAGCUCAUGAACAAAUUGUAGUGGUAAGAUCUAUAAGAGAAUAACUAAGAGUAUCCUAGUAUCACAAAAACAUGUCUGAAUCAAAACUAAAUUUUGCUGGAUAUUUUUCUGGUGUUCUGUGAUUCUUGUCUUAGCCUAAGAGUAACAGAUACUCAAGGCUAUUUAAUCUGCUUAAUUUUAUUUGCAGUGUUUUGAAACAAAUACUGAAUAACACUGAUGUAAUGACAUGUACACUAUUGUGAAAUGUAUUACUAAAAUAAUUAAUGAUUUUGCUGUUUAAGUGUACAUCCAGACUAAUGAUGCAAAAUACAUCAUAGUAAAUA